UGUAAAUCUGUUUGAAUAGAAUAAACCCACCCACUUACAAAUAACUACCAUAGAAACGCUUUGAUAUUGAUUACACCAACGCCCGUCAUGGUCUUCAUAGCCUAUCGUCGCGUACGCGACAAGCUAUGGCCAGAAUCUCUGCCGCCUAGAGGCAUCUUCGACGGACAAUCUGUCCUGGUUACUGGUGCAACAGGAGGUCUGGGGCUUGCUGCCACGAAGCAUUUUGUAGCGUUGGGUGCAACCGUCAUCAUGACAUCCCGAACUCUCUCGCAAGGUCUAGCGGCAAGACAACAGAUUGAGGACGAUAUGGGCCAUGAAGCAAAAGGUAAAAUACGCGUCAUGGAAUUGGACAUGAGCUUGUAUGCGUCUUGCGUAUCCUUUGUAAAUGCGCUUCGCGAGAGUGACGUUGGUCGACGCGGCCUUGACUGCGCCGUGCUCAACGCUGGCGUUAUUAGCCCGGAUUUUAUCGAGAGUAAGCAAGGAUGGGAACAAACGAUUCAGGUCAACACAUUGAGCACCACGUUGCUGGGGUUGCUGCUGCUGGAUUGGAUGAAGAAGACACAUCAACCAAAUCGCCCAACACCGCAUAUUGUCUUUGUUGCUUCGCGCGAUCACUUAGAUCCAGACGUCAAAGAAUGGACCGAAUGGGGCAAAAAUGAGGGGAUUUUGCGACAUUUGAGCAACAAGGAAAACUGGCCAACAGGUCAGGUUGACCCAAACUAUGCAGCCAGCAAACUUAUGCUCAUGUAUGCAAUGGAGGUUUUGUGCCAGAAGGCUGUGAAUGAAGAAAAAGAGAUUCAGGUUAUUAUUAACACUGUUUGCCCCGGUCUGGUGUCUACUGAUAUAGCUCGCUCUAUCACGAAGAAGUCCACGCUCAUGAGACUAGUAGUCCCCGUUUAUCUUGGUGUUCUGGGAAAAUCAGCAAAUUACGGUGCAAGGUUUUACGUCAGCGCAGCUCUCGAGCCAAAGGCAAAUCAUGGAAAAAAUAUCCAGUCGCUUUUCUCCGAGGAAGAAUAUCAAAAACUGGCAUACGAUAACAUGAAGAGCGAGACGGCUCAGGAAGUCAAGGGGAUGGUUUUGAACGAAAUCUGGGACGAGUUGAAGAAGAACGUGCCUAACAUGCAUAGUUUACUAUCAAAGUGAAUUCGUCACUAUAUCAGUUGUGCAAUGUCUGGUUUUGGUUGUCUUGCAAAUAGUACAGGGAAGGAGAAUGAUAUCCCACAGAGAAGUCCAAAGUUUAUGUCCGAAAAGAUUUACGAAAGAGAGAACUGUCUCUAAUUUAGAUGUAAAGCGUGUUAUUAGAGUUAUACCAAGGGAAAGGGAAGGAUACGAGGUGGUUGUAUUAUGUGAUUAUGUAUAUGUUCCACGCCAUUCGCGAGUGGCGUACGCCAGUCACGAAUCGAACUUCUAAGAGUCUAUUUAGAAGGUUUAGAAAAACGAAACGUAGUAAUUUUAGUAAUAAGAAUAGUUAUAGCUAAUAUUAAAUAAA